CUUAGCUCUGAUUCACACAUGUGAGAGGAAAGAAUUAUAGCAUGGUUCUAUUGGAUAAUGAUGGGUUCCUCACCCAGCUCACAUUACUUCUCCAAAAGACAAGAUCAUCGGGUACAGUUAAUAUCACGAUGAAAAGAUACUAUGGACAAACCAAGCCAAAGCCAAAACCACGGGGAGGAAAAAAGCUUCAAAAGUUGACAGCCGUUGAACAAGAAGGAGACAGUAGAUGUUUAUUUAGAGCAACAAAUGGAAAAAAGAAGCUCAGUACAGUGGUAAAUUCAAAAGAUGUAAAUAGGUUUCAAAUGGCAUAUGCAAAUGUAUUGAAAGCAAAUAUGGACAAUCUAAAGAAAAGAGAUAGGAGAACAGAAAAAAACAAAGCUAAAAAAUCCAAGGCAACUCAGUAACUAGCCAUUGUUUGAAUUAAUAUUAUUGAUAAUUUCAUUAAAUAAAACAUUACACUAGUGGUUGAA